AUGGUCUUUAAGACCGUAGAUUCCCAGGAUACAGUAGCUGAAGUUCACAAUGAUCAGCAAAAUAGAACUUCACGGCACGAUUCCAACCCUGAACACCUUGGCUCCAGCAAAGAUACCAAUCAAAUGAGUACGGGGAAGAAUCAGGCAGGAGGAAACGUGGGGCCACAGGACGGCGAAGACCGUGCCAUGGCUGCAAAGACUUCUUCGGCAAGCGGAACGGCGUCCACCUGGGUUGCAGUUGGGGGGGGGGGAAUAUCAUUUUUACUGGCAACUCUGAGUCUGUAUGGUAUUCUAAGAGUGUAUAGGAGGGGGAAAGGUGCGGGAGAGGCGUUUGAGAUAUCGGGGCCGGGAGGUAGAGGAGUGUCCUAUGGUUUAGUGGGGGAAUAG